UGAUGAAUUUCGAUGAUGCUUCUCUAUCUUCACUCCAUACUUACAGAGUCAAAACUCGUUAGUAAUAAAAAGGCAUCCAGCCUUCUAUUCAAAAAUCCAAAAGAAAAUACUGUCAUAUAUCUCCUGAUAGAAAGAAUUAGUUAAUUUCUCUUGUGCUCGAUAAAAAGCUUAGGAUCAAAGAUGUACUUAUAUUUGUAUAUAAUUUACAAUAGGCUGCUGCUAUUUGUAGUUUAAAUUAUUCCACAGCCAAAACAAUACUUUAUACUUUGAGGCAUAGACCACCUAAGUAAGCUAUAGUCAAGCCAAUUUCGAAUUCAACAUAGCAAAACCUAACUAUGAGAAUUCUUAUUAAUGGCAAACUUGUGAAUGAGUAUGAUUUUUAUGCAAAAUCGAAUAAGAGUUGA